GAACCACCUGGUUACUUAUCAAGGGAUUCAAGAGAAUAAAAAUGAUGAGAUGACUGCUGUUAAAACAAAAGCUGACAAAGAUCAAGAUGUCCCAGAUACUACUACUGCUAAACCUGAAAGAACAAUACAAGAGAAUAAAAAUGAGGAACAAUCAAAACCAUCUGCAAACACAGAAGGAACUACUAAUAUUGAAAGAGGAGCAAGUUUAGCACCUUCUACUGUUACUAAAUCAUUGCCACAAACUGAAGCUGAUGCGGAGAGUUCAUCACAGGAUGAUUCACAUUCUUCCUCAGCUUCUCCUUCCUCUCCUCAUGCUGUAGAGAGAGGCAAAGAAAAAAAAACUAAUUCUACUGCUGCACAUUAACAUGCGAA